ACUGCGGACGAAAGGGGAGGGGGGAGGCGAACGCCACGCGAGACGGGACAGCACCGAACGUAAGGGGCGGGGUCACGAACUCUGACCCCCCCCGGGCAGAUCCGGAGCCGCCGCUGACAAAUAACCCCCUCCCCUCCAAAAGCUGUUGCCCCUGUCAGGAGCAUUCAGAAAAUAAUUAUGCAUUCAAGAAAUGGAAUGUAACACAGAUAACUUGGCACAACUGACUUGUGUAGCGCAGAGACAGAGUGAUUUACAAGGAAAUAUUAGUGACUGAAGAUUAUGGCAACUAUUGAGGAACUGGCUCAUCAGAUUAUUGAGCAGCAAAUGGGAGAGAUAGCACAUUCCCAAGGAUCUGUCACACAAACACUAAUGGAUGGGUCAGCACAAAGAAUUCAGAUUGUUCCUGCAGAUACAGGUCUUACCUUACCCCAGCGCAUACAGAUUGUCACAGAUCAGCAGACUGGGCAGAAGAUUCAGAUUGUUACAGCACUUGAUCAGACUGCAACAGGCAAACAGUUCAUUUUAACAAAUCAUGAUGGUUCUACACCAAGCAAAGUGAUCCUUGCCAGGCAAGAUGCCACUCCAGGAAAAGUUUUCCUAGCAACUCCAGAUGCUGCAGGAGUCAACCAGCUUUUUUUUACAUCUCAAGAUAUAUCUGCACAACACAUUCAGAUUUUAAAGGACAAUUCUUCCACAGAGCAAACCCUAAAUAAAGUAUUUGAUCUCUGUGUGGUUUGUGGAGAUAAAGCAUCAGGACGCCAUUAUGGAGCAGUAACAUGUGAAGGAUGCAAAGGAUUCUUUAAAAGAAGCAUACGAAAGAAUUUAGUGUAUUCAUGCCGAGGGGCAAAAGACUGUGUGAUUAACAAACACCAUAGAAACCGAUGUCAGUACUGUAGGCUACAGAGAUGUAUUGCUUUUGGAAUGAAGCAAGAUUCUCCACACCCUUUUGUAGCUGUUCAGUGUGAGAGGAAACCUGUUGAAGUAUCACGAGAAAAAUCUUCAAACUGUGCAGCUUCGACAGAAAAGAUUUACAUUCGGAAAGAUUUGCGCAGCCCGUUAACAGCAACUCCAACCUUUGUCACAGACAGUGAAACAGCAAGGUCAACAGGAAUGUUGGAGUCUGGAAUGUUUGUGAACAUUCAUCAGUCUAGUAUAAAGAAUGAGCCUGCAGUGCUGAUGACUUCAGAUAAGGUUGAGACAUGUCAAGGAGAUUUAAGUACGCUGGCAAAUGUGGUAACAUCAUUAGCAAGUCUAAGCAAGUCCAAAGAAAUGUCUCAAAGUAGUCCUGACCUAUCUGUGAUAGAAAGCUUAAGCAAUGGAGAUGCAUCAUUGUCUGAACUGCAGCAAGAUGAACAUGCAAAUACUGAUGUUUCAAGGGCAUUUGAUACUCUUGCGAAAGCAUUGAAUCCUGGAGAAAGUGCAUCAUGUCAGAGCUCUGCAGAAAGUAUGGAAGCCAGUGCACGUCUCGUUGGUGAAGAAGCUAGCAUGAAUAUUGUUGAAAUAGAGGGCCCAAUUCUCAGCGAUGCUCAUGUAGCUUUCAGGCUCACCAUGCCUUCUCCUAUGCCUGAAUACCUGAAUGUUCAUUAUAUUUGUGAAUCGGCAUCUAGAUUGCUGUUUUUAUCUAUGCACUGGGCACGGUCCAUUCCUUCCUUUCAAGCUCUAGGACAAGACAACAGCAUAUCAUUAGUGAAAGCCUGCUGGAAUGAACUCUUUACUCUUGGUCUUGCACAGUGUUCACAAGUGAUGAAUGUAGCAACUAUAUUAACUGCAUUUGUUAAUCACCUUCAUAAUAGCUUACAGCAAGAUAAGCUGUCGGCAGAGAGAGGAAAGCUUGUGAUGGAACAUAUCUUCAAACUGCAGGAGUUCUGCAACAGCAUGGUAAAGCUUUGUCUGGAUGGUUAUGAAUUUGCUUACUUGAAAGCAAUUGUCCUCUUCAGCCCUGAUCAUCCAGGCUUAGAAAAUGUGGUACAGAUUGAAAAAUUUCAAGAAAAAGCAUAUAAGGAGUUUCAAGAUUAUGUAACAAUAGUAUAUCCAGAUGAUACCUACAGACUGUCUCGGUUACUUCUCAGAUUGCCUGCCUUGAGACUGAUGAGUGCUGCUAUCACAGAAGAAUUGUUUUUCGCAGGACUUAUUGGAAAUGUUCAAAUAGACAGCAUCAUACCAUAUAUUCUAAGAAUGGAGACUGCAGAUUACAACUCCCAAAUAAUUGGUCAUGCUGUAUAAAUGUUGAACCACGGAUUCUAUACCAUGGCAAUCAUGGUGAUGUAAAUGUACACUUAUCUCCAAGAGAUAACAAGAAGCUUUCCUGUGCAGUUAUUAGAAGGAAAAUAAAAGAAGGUGCAACUUUCUCUCUUCCUGUACAUUUGAGAAACACAGCAGAAUAGUUUGCGGUGAUACAGGAUGACUUGCUUUUUAUCUGGUUUUCAAGAACUUGUAGAUUACUUAGAAUCUAACGAAAAUCAAGAAUAGUUCAUCCUAUUUUUGUAGUUUAGCUGUAUCUGGAACACUGACAGUAACAACACCAGACAAAUGUACGAAACUUAGUCUUUGGUAGGUGAGUCACUUCACCAAGACAUUUCAGCUUGAUGUUUUAGAAAAAAAAUAAAUUAACUUUCCUCCCAAUGUUUGUUUUCACUAUCUUGUUUCUGCAAAUUCACUUUUGACAGUUUUGAUGCAAGUCUGAAAUCCUGAGGAAGCCAACGUAUUUUCUCAUGUGACAGCGUAAGAAUUUUUGGCUAUCUUUCAGCUACUUUGAGCAGAACAACUUGAGCUGGACACUUUUUAAAGUGUUAGAGGGAAAUCACAGGAGGGCUGUGAAAUUGGCUUGACAUUGUUAGCCCCCAAAGUAAUUCCUAUAUUAUUUGGGUUAAUCUUGGAAACCAGCAGCUGUCAUAUUCAGUUAUCUGAUGAUCUUAUGAUUUAGAAAGUGUUACAGAUCCUUUAAUGGCAUCAAGUUUUUAUUGUGUGCUAUUAUCUAAGUUCUGCUAUAUACUAUAUAGUUUAUCAGUGCCAAUUCUGUUCAUUUUAGUCAGAUGCCCCUACACCCAAUUAAGAAUCAAAUUGACUACUGUUGGAGGUUCCCUUUAACCCAGGUGUUUGAGCUAUCACAUGCCAAUAUACCACCAUUACUGAAUCUCCUCUAUCAGUUUUGACCCAUCUACAGGGUGUAAAUAAGUUCUCAACCAAUGCAGUUCUUAUAAGAAGAGGGAGGAAUGGUCAGAAUUUUUCAGGAGUGCUAUUUAAAAUAAUAAACCAAUGAAUAAACCAAUUAUGGAAUUUAUGUGAAUUCUGUUUUCCUGAACAGUAAUGAUCACAGAAUCCUCAUUACAAAUUUUUUGUUUGUUGCUGAACACCUUCAGAUUUUGAAGUUUUCCCCCAAAGCACUUUUGAUUAUUAAAAGUUGUUUUUAAUUACCAUAUAAUAGUUAACCAAGCUCCAACAUGAAAUGUUAAUUUACUGUUAUCGAGGAUUGCCCAUGUAGUUUUUUUAUAACUUUCCUUGUUUGACAUUUGAUGAUACUAACACAACUGCCUCUAAUUGAUACUUAUUACCAGCCUGUGAAAAGGGUGUUUUGGUAAUUUGAAAGACAGGAAUAUUUGCAUCAGGUUUUUCUAAACAGAUUGAAUAGAAAACAGUAGUCUUACAUAUUUUAUUGCAUCCCCUAACAACAAUGAAGUGAAGAGUUGCAUUUCCCCCCAAAAUAUAUGUGUGUAUCUGUGCAACAAUAUACACACAUAGAGCUGUAUUAUAUUUUCUUUAAUAUAUAUUACCAGGUAUUUCUUGUAGCUACAAUUUGAGCUGUUUUAAAUCCUUCUAAACUGUUUACUGCAUUGUACAUUCCUCUAAUGGGCUCAAUAUAUUUGUUAUUUUUAUUUCCACUCUGGUGUCCCUGGAAAUCAAUUGCUUCUUCAUUCCAUUCCACUUUUUGUAUAAAUUUUAUUUGUGGUUCAGUUGUAGCAUAAGCAUUGGGAACGUCCCAAUGACUGUCUUGCCAUUGUAUAAAAAUUACUGUAAAUGUCUUGAAAUCAAAAGAAGUGUAAAUUCUAU